CACCACAAACUGUCAUGUGGCAACAAAAAUACGUGUCUUGAAAGAAGUAUUUCUAAAAUUUAAAUUAAUUUAAUCCAUAUUAACAAAUAUAAAUUCAAAUAGUAAAUAAUUGCUUGGGCGGAUUAUGACACGGACGAAAUAAAAUACCCAAAAGCCCACGGUGAAAAAUUCAGCGUAUCGAAGUGAAAAAUAUGGUAUCAAUAAAAUCCUCAAAGUAGUACACUUUCAAUGAUGCGAUGCUUCCUAGACGACGUCGUACGGGCUCCGACAGCGAGCCGCACGUUCCACUGAAUAACGAGAGUUAUUGGUCACAUUACAAUCAUUCUCCAGCGAAUAAUGCUAUUUACAAUUACGAAGAAGAGGAUUACGUAGAAGAUUACACGGAACCAGACGCAGUCAUGACCGCCAGAGACAGAACUAGUGAAUUCGUAAACACCAUACAAACAUUGCAAGGGCGCAACAUCGCCAGGGCCGUAGCGGCCCGGGACCCCAGGAAAUCCAAAGUAAUACAGAGCCACUCGGAAUUCAUGCUCAUAGCCAGAAACGUUGGGAAAAACAUCGCUAGCACGUACGCCAAACUCGAAAAAUUAACACUGCUGGCAAAAAGGAAGUCCCUGUUCGACGAUCGAACGGCGGAGAUCCAGGAACUGACGUACAUCAUAAAAGGAGACCUCAGCAGCUUGAAUCAGCAAAUCGCCCAAUUGCAGGACGUAUCGAAGAGGCAACGACAGGGCGCUUUGGGGAAGCACCUGCAGUCGCAUUCCAGCAGCGUAGUACUAGCGUUGCAAUCGAAACUAGCCAGCAUGUCUACCGACUUCAAGCAGGUACUGGAAGUCCGAACCGAAAAUCUGAGACACCAGAAAAACCGAAGAGACCAAUUUUCCCAAGGGGGUUUACCACCGCCCAGCGUCCCCUCAUCGACACAAGGAAGCUUGCUGUUGCAAGAAGACGAUCAAGUCAGCAUUAAUUUAGAAAGCACGGCGUUGAUCCCUAAAGGGCAAACCCAAAUGCAGGCUUCGCUGAUGUACGAUCACACGGAUAAUUACCUGCAAAGCAGGGCGGAGACGAUGCAAAACAUUGAAUCCACCAUCGUUGAAUUGGGCGGGAUUUUCCAGCAGCUGGCCCACAUGGUGAAGGAGCAAGAGGAAAUGGUGGAGCGCAUCGACAGUAACGUGGAACACGCCGAAAUCAACAUACAAGCGGCCCACGCGCAGAUCGUGAAAUAUUUCAAAAGCGUCUCUUCGAACAGGUGGCUGAUGAUCAAAGUUUUCGGUGUUCUUAUCGUUUUCUUUAUCAUUUUCGUUGUAUUUUUGGCCUAAUGAAAUUGUUUUAUAUAUGUAGGUUAUUUUGUAUAAAGUAAUAUAUUUCACUUAUACUUA